GACUAACACAUUUAUAAAUCAUAUCCUUUUCAGUGUGCCAGGUUAUACAGGCAAAGAGUAGACAUUAUAAUUUCCUCUACAUAGUAUAUAAAUAAAUUCAGCUGGAAACUAAAAUGACAGGCAAGCAGUAAAAAAAAAGAAAGAAAGAAAUAUUGGUCUAAUCAUAAUGAAUUCAUUUACCCAAAUUUCUGUAAUUUUUCCAUGAUACUUUCCAUUUUAGCAGUAUUUGUUGUUGCAAUGACAAACAGGUCAGCGGUAAAAUAAAUAUGGAGAUCAGGCUUAUUUGCUUCAGCACUGAGAAUUUGUAAACCAUGUUGACAAGCCCUCAUCGCCUGCCAGUUGUCUCAUCUGACUGGCAAAGUUUGUUUCUCUCCUCCAAAAACACAGUGGACCACUCUUCAUUAAAAAAAAAAAGCAAAUAGACACACACUCCAACAGAAAACCAGUAGUAACAAACAGAGUCAGUUGAUUCUGAAGAGACGGAUUUACCAGGCAGAUAUGAUUACCUCAGACACCCAUUCUCCCUUGAUUCCACAAACAACAGUUAGGCAAGUCAAUUUACCUUAAUUUCAUUGGAGUAGAAAACUGGUCAGCCAGCCAGCCAGUCAAGUUGAAGCUGGUGCUUGAUGCAAGUGAGCGCUAGUUAGAUGGUAAUGGAUGCGUGUAAUUGGUGAAGUGCUGAUUGCUCCCCCAAAAAAAGAUUCCAUCUGAGGAGAAUUUUCUGUUUCAUUAAGCCAUGGUCAGAAAUAAUAAUAUAGCCAUCUGAGAGAGAGGAUGGGGUAUGAAGGUAUGGAUCUGAAAUGGUGGCAACAGCUUUCCAGUACUCUCAUGUGGUAACAAUAAUUGUAAAGAUAGCAAUAAGUAAGAGGCAGGUUGUGGUUUUGGGGAUGUCCUCUUCUUCAAUUUAAUUUCAUUUUUCUUUUUUCCUUGCCACAUGUCACCUGUUUCUUUCAUUUUCUCUUCUACCAGUGUUUUAUGGUAUUUCCCUCUCAAAUCAUGCAAGGUGUACCUCUGUGAUUUUUUUAUUUUUUAUUUUGGUGUGCGGGUAUGUCCUCUAGGUUUACAGGCUUAAUGUAUCACAGGAUGGUAACACACCAGCUCACUUUUAUGGCCUGGGAUCAAGCGUUGUAAAACCUGCUCCGGUUGGCAUUCAAACGUACACUGAUGCAGGCACUUCACAGCCACAAUUGUUUAUUCAUCACACCGCAUGGACCGGAAGCAUUGCGAACCAUUUAUGUGCUUUGUUUUUCAAUGCACAAGAGUGCUACUCUCUCUUUUAGAGUGCAAGGACAUUUCCUCAUUUAUUUACGGCAGCUGAACAAGAACAUGACUCAUCCAUGAUAACAAUUCUGACGAGUGUGAGUCUUAUGGGCAAGACAGUAGUGGCAGUUUUCUAUAUAGAAAGGUCUGGUCAGGGUGUGUGUGAGGGAAAGCCCCCUAUCAUUUCCAAUCAGCUGCUGAUUCUGCAUGACUAAUGCUGAAAUGCCAUGUAUCAUUGUCAGAUGAGGCAUGUUCACAUAGUUAUAAUAAUACUGACAACCUCCAGCUCACAGACACUUAUAGUCUGCACGCUAGCUCAUUCUUAUCUUGCUGGUUGACACCAUUUUGCUCUCUAACAAUCUUGCUAAUUAUAAUUGUUAAUUAAUUCUCUUCCAGUGUCCUCAUCAGGAGACUAAUAACCUACAUUUUCAUUAAUUCGAUCUUCAACCCUUCACUCCCUCUUUCAGUCUCUCCAUCCCUCUCCAGUCCACCCCUCUGUAUCCCGCCUGCCUACAUCUCUGCUCCCACCUGGUGCUGUCCUCCCCAGGACCAUUCACAGACCAUGUGCACACAUGGAGUGUGACUAAUUGUCUGUGUGAGAACUAUUGUUACUCACAUUGCAAGGACAAACAAUUGUUCAAGCAGUGAAUCCCAUCUGGGGACUGGAUCCACUGAGUUAUAGGAUUUAAGCAGUGUUUUGAAAUUAUUUGUUUUCUCACCAAGAAUGUGAUGAAUAUUAUUAUUAUUGGUUUAUUGUUUGCCUUAGCAUGAUGCACAGAUUAAAAGACACACAAUCAAAAUCACAACCAUCUUUAUUUAUUUGCCAAGAACACUGAACACACAAGCAAUCUGACUCCAGUGCAAUGGCUUUCAAUGUGCCUUUGUAAGUUAACCAGAAAAAAGUGGGUGUAUUUAAAUUAAAAACAAUUCUUGACAAGAACAGCAAUGUGUAAAAAAAAUGGGUUUAGAUAUGUACAGUGUUUUUUUUUUUUGUUGUUGUUGUUUUUUUAACAAAUUAUUACACUGGGGCUGUUUGCUGUGUCCUAUUAGUGUACUGUUGCGUAGUGUUACAUGUAUAGUGUCACAUUACCUGUUGCGUAAUCUCUAAUCUUUAGAGCUGCUGAUAAGUAGAUUUUGGACAGGCCAGUUGUUUCUCCUUGUUUUCAGUGUUUAUGCUAAGCUAACCAGUUGCUGACUCACACAACAUAUUUACCAAAAACGAGAGUGGUAUUGAUCUUCUCAUCUAUUGUCUUGACAUGGAAAGCAAAUGGGCAUGUCUCCAAAAAUGUCAGACCUUUCCUCUAAAGCUUAGUUUGUACAUGUUAAGUGAAUGUAAGUCAAUAGUAGAACUGCUCUUCCCAUCAGGCUUAGCUGACCUGGUUUCAGUGCACAGCAAAGCAGUGCUAUCAUGCCACUACUUGCUCUGAUCUCAGAACAAGUGAACAUCCUGUAACUGCACUCUUGCAGAAUAUAUUAACAGGGCUGUUUAUGUCACAGGCCUGUUUGAUCCUUCAGUCAUCUGGCUGCACUGCAAACUCCAUGACUUUUAACAGUUUAUUUCCAGGUUUAGCUAUGUAUAACUAGCCAUUUCUUGGAGUUUCCACCACUGAAGCUCUCUGCUCUUCUCUUCAAGCCUGGAUAUUCUCUGUCCUCUCUCUUUCCUCUCUUCAUCUGGCACAGGAGGAAGUGAGAGACAGUUGGCACUUGCUUGUCCCUACUGUGUUGGUAGUGGCAAAAUGGCAGCUUCUGUCUCAUCCACCCUCCUUCCUCUACCUCCCUCACCCUCUCCUGAGAGAAGUAACCCAGAUUUCAAAAUGAAUCGCCGCCUAUUCCCCUCUCUCGUCCUGUUCCUCUGUCUUUCCCUCUCUCUCUCUCUCCAUCUCUCGUCCUCUUCUUAGUAGAAACAGAAUCAAUCUUGGAAAGAGAAUACCACCUCUUUAUCUCGUCCUCCUCCUCACCCUGCCUCUGGGUUAAUGGAUACAGGACCACUUCAUUUUUCUAUCUUUGAUUCCUAGAAAGCUUGAAUUUCUCACAAAGCUUGUUGCUUUUGCUUUUUAUUUCUACAGCUUUUCUUUUUUGGGGGGGGUUGCUCUUUCUCCACUUGCUGCAGUACUGCUGUAUUUUGUCUUUCCUAUCUGUCUUUUUUUUUUUGAAGUGACCAGUUACAGGUGUGACACCUUAGGCUCUUUCCUGAAGUGAGCCAUAGGAGAAGAGAGGGUGAGAGAAGGAGAAGAAAGCCGACCUUCAGUUGAGCCUACAACUCAUUUAGGCAUCAUGUCUACCCCGGUCUCCCCUUCCCCCUCUCUCUCCCCACUGACGCUGGCCUCCCCUGCAUCGACAACCUCCUCUGGUGCUUCUCCUCUGCCCUCGCCCCUCUCCCCUCCACCUAGGGUGCCCGUCUUUCAGAGGAGGGGAGCACUGAAACACAAGAGGAUUGUUGAGGUGAAAGAUCAUCAGUUCACAGCCCGCUUCUUCAAGCAGCCCACCUUCUGCAGCCACUGCACUGACUUCAUCUGGGGCAUUGGCAAACAGGGAUUUCAAUGUCAAGUUUGCAGUUUUGUGGUCCACAAGAGAUGUCACGAGUUUGUGACCUUCACUUGUCCUGGCUCUGUGACGGCCCCCAGACCAGAUGACCUGAAGAGUCGACACACAUUUAAGAUCCACACGUACGCCAGUCCGACCUUCUGUGACCACUGUGGCUCGCUGCUGUAUGGCCUCAUACACCAGGGCAUGAAAUGUGCCAGUUGUGAUAUGAACGUCCAUCGACGGUGUGAGACCAGUGUUCCCAGUCUCUGCGGGCAGGACCACACAGAGAAGAGAGGAAGAAUCCACCUGACCAUCAGAGGAGAGAAGGAGGACAUCUUUGUCACAGUGCGGGAGGCACGUAACCUGAUGCCCAUGGAUCCUAACGGACUGUCAGACCCUUAUGUGAAACUUAAACUGAUUCCAGACCCAAAGAGCCACAGCAAACAAAAGACCAAGACCAUCCGCUCCACACUCAAUCCUGUCUGGAAUGAAAGUUUUACCUUCUCGGUGCGUGGACACCAGUGGGACAGACGACUGUCUGUGGAGGUAUGGGACUGGGACCGCACGUCUAGGAAUGAUUUCAUGGGAGCGCUGUCAUUUGGAGUCAGUGAGAUCUUCAGGCGUCCUAUCAGCGGCUGGUUCAAACUGCUGGCCCAAGAUGAAGGAGAGUACUACAACAUCCCUGUGCCAGACCCAGACCUGCAGGAGCCUCAGCCAGAUGCUACAACACCCUCUUUGCCUCAGGCAAUACCGGCCCCGCUGUCUGAACCAUUCUCUGUGGCCCUGUCCCCAACCCUCAUCCCAUCCGGUCCACCUGUUCACAACCCAGGCACUGGCAAAGUCAAAGUGGGCAUCCAGGACUUCAACUUCCUCAUGGUACUGGGCAAAGGCAGCUUUGGCAAGGUGCUACUGGCAGAAGAGCGAGGCAGCGAGCGUCUGUUCGCAGUGAAAGUGUUGAAGAAAGAUGUGCUCUUCCAGGAUGAGGACACGGAGAGCGCUCUGGUGGAGCGGAGGGUCCUGGCCCUCUCCUCUCGCCCACACUUCCUCACAUCGCUCUACUGUGCCUUCCAGACCGAGGACCGUCUGUAUUAUGUGAUGGAAUAUGUCAAUGGAGGAGACCUGAUGUUUCACAUUCAAAUAGUUGGCAAAUUCAAAGAGGCUCACGCAGCGUUUUAUGCGGCAGAGGUAGCUGUCGGCCUCUUCUUCCUCCACAGCAAAGGCAUCAUCUACAGGGAUCUAAAGCUGGAUAAUGUGCUGCUUGACUGUGAGGGCCACAUAAAGAUAGCCGACUUUGGGAUGUGCAGGGAGGGGAUAUUUGAGGGCGACACCACGCGCACCUUCUGUGGCACCCCUGACUACAUCGCCCCUGAGAUUGUGGCAUAUCAACCCUAUAAUAAAGCAGUGGACUGGUGGUCUUAUGGGGUACUGUUAUAUGAAAUGCUGGCAGGACAGCCACCAUUUGAUGGUAUUGAUGAGGAGGAGCUGUUUCAGUCCAUCAUGGAGCAGAGUGUCUCAUACCCAAAAAGUCUCUCUCGUGAAGCUGUUGCUAUCUGCAAGGGACUCCUGACAAAGAACCCGGUCAAGCGUCUGGGUGGAGGUGAGGAUGCAGAGAGAGAUAUCAAGGAGCAUCCGUUUUUCCACUGGAUUGACUGGGACCGUCUGGAGAAACUGGAGAUCCAGCCGCCCUUCAAACCCAGAACUGGUGGGAGAAAAGCUGAAAACUUUGACAAGUUCUUCACUGCGGCUCCAUCAGUGCUGACUCCCUCUGACCCUGAUGUACUAGCCGUCAUUAACCAGGAAGACUUCCAAGGCUUCUCCUUUUUCAACCCAAACUUUUCCCCCUCGCUUCUCACCACUGUUUGAAAAUGGUCCCCAGUCUCAUUCCCACAACCCCUUCAAGGGCACCCCAACUGCCCUCCAAUCGUAGUUUUAUACCAGAGAACAUGAACAUGAGAACUAGCUGUGAGUAUUAAAGAUGCAUCUCUUAACCAAAUUCUGACGUUUACAUAAAAAUGCCAAGACACCUUUUUAUUCACGUACUCUCUCUGAAGUUUGUAUUUUAACUUGCUCGUCACAGAAUGUGUUGCAGCAUUGGAAAUAAUACCAGUAUUACAGAUUGCCAUUGAACUGUCUUCACUUGAUGUAGGUGUUCUCUAGUAUGAGCCUGAUAAAUGCUCUCUGCAUGCAGUCAAUUAUUUUGAGUAGUUUUCACUAAUACUAUAAUAUCAGAUACAUUGUAUCUGUUUAACUUUACUGAUUUAAUUAAGACUUUUCCUAUUAAUUUAAUUACAAUCAACCUGUGUUGUGCAUAUUUGCCUUCGAGCCACCCACUACCCAGCCCAGGCCCACUCUACCCAAGGAAUUACAGUACUGCCCCUAUUUGGGCUGCAUCAUAUAAACUCACAAAUUGGUUUUACCUUUUUUCCCCUAUUACUCCUGUGCAAACUGUGCAAUGAUGCCUUGCAUGCUCUCCUUUCACAUCCUGCAGUUGCACUGAAACAUUUAUCUGCAGCUUUGAAAACUGUGGCUUGUAAUAAUGUUUAUAUACAGGUACUUUAUUACUGUAGUGGUCUAUACCAUAAAGUUGUUUGCUGUGUAAUGAUAUGACUCGCAGCAAUUGAUUAGGGUGUAAUUAAAAGUGAGGCUCACUGGGCCUGUUCAAUACAUGGAAAAGUAAGAGCAGUGCUGUCAUUAAACAUUAUCUGAGCAGAGCAGGUGGCUGCAAACACAACAGUUUAACAAACCCAUUUCCGUGUUCUUAUCUGACAGACAGCUUGUCAUUGCACAGGAAUUUGAUUGAUUUUCUAUGGAGCAUCUUUAUGAUUUGUUUAUUUUUUUUAACAUUCUGUGUAAUCAUAAAGGUAAUCACAUCUAUUUUAUCUCAAUUUCACUUAAGGGCAAAUGUCACAACACAGUCUACUUCAAUACUAUAGAUAUGGCAAAUGUUACAGUCAGUAAUACAACAGAUAAUGUAUGCAUCUGUCAGUUAACUUCUGUUUUUAUGUGCUGGAAAAGGAAAACUGAAAUAAACUGUGAAGACAUAAAACAGGAACAAUGAAGUGUUUCAUUCUGUGAUAUUUGUUGCAAAGCUGCCGAGAAAUAAACAUGCACAGUGUUGUCUUCUCCCCCCGCCUUUCUGUCACGCUCACUCCCUCUCCUUCACAUUCACACAUACUCACGCUCAAAAGUGCGAUCUCAAGCAUGUGCAUGCCCUGACGCGCUCUUCCACGCACGGAGGAGAUGCUGACCCCUCGUUUUACAGUGGUACCAUAGUUGUCGAACCAGCAAAACUACCUCUUAGGCACCUUCACUCCCUCCUCCUUGGAAGCCGCCUCUCCCCCUCCUUUUCUGCCCUACCCACCUCCCUUCCUCCCUUUAACCCCUCCAGCCUCAUGAUGGAACAAACAUGCCUGUAGAGAUCUGAUUUAUAACAAGUUGACCUUCAUAUUAAAAUUUAAUCAGCUUUUUGUCUGCCUCUCUACCUCGCUCUCUUCUUCUCUAUCUGCCCUCCAUCUCUCUUCCUCUCUGCUUGUUUUUUCUGUCAGUGCUGCACUGUAAAUGCUUUACUGUGUCAGAAUUUGUUCUCUUUGAAAUACCUCACCACUGUUGUCGGCUGAUAUGAGUAUCUUGUCUUGUCCUGGCCUCUUCAUCAAUGUUAUCUGUUUACAGUUUAUAUUCUCUGUGCUGAAUACUAAUUCUGUUCAGUCAGUGAAAAUGAGAUGGGAAUGUAGAGAAGGAUAAGCCCAGAU